GACGGAGACCUGGUUGCCUUUUCCAGUGACGAGGAGCUGACCAUGGCCCUGGCCUACGCGAAGGACGGCCUCUUCCGGAUCUACGUCAAAGAGAAGAAGGAGUGCCGGCGCGACCACCGCCCCCCGAGUGUGCCGGAGGGGGCCCGCAACACGGUGCACCCCAACGUGAUCUGCGAUGGCUGCAACGGGCCGGUGGUGGGCACCCGCUACAAGUGCAGCGUCUGUCCAGACUACGACCUGUGUGGCGCCUGCGAGGGCAAGGGCCUGCACUCUGGCCACGCCAAGCUGGCCUUCCCCAGCCCAGCCGGGCACCUCUCCGAGGCCUUUGCGCACAGCCGCUGGCUCCGGAAGCUGAAGCACGGGCACUUCGGGUGGCCGGGCUGGGAGAUGGGUCCCCCUGGGAACUGGAGCCCGCGGCCUCCUCGGGCCAGCGACGCCCGCCCCGGCACUGCGGCAGAGCCAGCUUCUGGCCCGACAGAGGACCCCAGUGUGAACUUCCUGAAGAACGUGGGGGAGACCGUGGCGGCCGCCCUCAGCCCCCUGGGCAUCGAGGUCGACAUUGACGUGGAGCACGGCGGGAAGAGAAGCCGCCUGACCCCCGUCUCUGCCGAGGGCUCCGCCCUGGAGGAGAAGAGCGGCUCGCAGCCCAGCAGCUGCGGCUCCGACCCCAGCAAGCCCGAGGGCAGCGGCGAGGGCACACAGUCCCUGGCGGAGCAGAUGGGCAAGAUUGUGCUGGAGGCCCCUGGGCACCCUGAGGCAAGCCAGGAACAGAUGGAGUCUGACACCUGCUCAGGAGGGGAUGACGACUGGACCCAUCUGUCCUCCAAGGAAGUGGACCCGUCCACAGGGGAGCUGCAGUCACUGCAGAUGCCUGAGUCCGAAGGGCCAAGCUCCCUGGACCCUUCCCAGGAGGGACCCACGGGGCUGAAGGAGGCUGCCCUGUACCCGCAUCUCCCACCAGAGGCUGACCCGAGGCUGAUCGAGUCCCUGUCCCAGAUGCUGUCCAUGGGCUUCUCUGAUGAAGGCGGCUGGCUCACCAGGCUCCUGCGGGCCAAGGGCGGUGACAUCGGGGCGGCGCUGGAUGCCAUCCAGUACUCGAAGCACCCGCCGCCCUUGUGACUGUGUCCCCGCCCCCACCCCCCUCCGCCUCGUAGUCGCGCUGAGCUUGUGUCCAGCAGCAGGCCUGAGGGCCAGGUCGGCCUUCCUCCUCGGCGGGCGCUGGGCGCACAGCUUGGGCAGCAGCACAGGUGGCACAAGGGAGCGCUGUCGUGCAUGCGGGGCUGUGAGUUAGGACCAGCCUCCUGGGGCUGGGGCCCAGCUCCCCACAGCAGGGCUGGACCUCAGCAGUGCCACACCUGUCCUCUCCCCCAGGGGUGACAUGGACAGUUGGAACACACCUUGCCCAAAGGCCUGCUGCUGCCGCUUUCUAAAAUGACUCACGGUACACUGAUUUGUAGCUCGUUCUCCACUGGAGACCUGACACGCUGACUUACAUGAAGCAUGGCCCACGUGCCAUCAGUGGCCCGGGGGGGAGGGGGACUGUCCUGGCAUGGGCACUGGAGGACAGGCCGCCCAGUCAGGGCUUCCUGCUGGGAGCCGAGAGCUCAUCAAGGGCAGUGCCACUGGUUUCACUGGGAGCUGCCUCCUGGUCUCCUGACCGUGCUCAUUUCCAAACUCUCACCUGCUUUAUAGUCAGAAGGUCCCUUUGUACCCAUCCUGUUAAUAUAUAAACAAGCUGUAAUUAAAAACUGACUUGUUCCUAAAGUGGCAA